GUGGUAACUGCAGAGUUUGUGUGUGUGAGUCCCGUUCUCUGUUAGUUAAGUGCUCUUUGUGUGUGUGUCCCGCUCUCUGUGUGUGUUUUCUCUCCUGUGCGUGUGUGUGUUCCGCUCUGUUUGUGUAUGUCCCGCUCUCUGUGUGUGUGUGUUUUCCCUCCUCUGUGUGUGUAUGUGGGUGUGUGUGUUCCGCUCUGUGUGUGUGUUUUCUCUCCUGUGUGUGUGUAUGUGGGUGUGUGUGUUCCGCUCUGUGUGUGUGUUUUCUCUCCUGUGUGUGUGUAUGUGGGUGUUCCUCUCUGUGUGUGUGUUUUCCCUCCUGUGUGUGUUUUCCCUCCUCUGUGUGUGUAUGUGGGUGUGUAAUGUGUUCCUCUCUCUCUGUGUUUUCCCUCCUGUGUGUGUAUGUGGGUGUGUGUGUCUCGCUCUCUGUGUGUUUUUUCCCUCCUGUGUGUGUGUGUUCCUCUCUCUCUGUGUGUGUUUUCCCUCCUGUGUGUGUGUGUGUAUGUGAGUGUGUGUGUUCCGCUCUGUGUGUGUGUUUUCCCUCCUGUGUGUGUGUGUCAUCCCCUGCUAUCUCCUGCUGAUCAGGCCUGUUAUCCCCCUGGGCUGGGUUGUGGCAGUGGGGUGGCUGAACUUGGUGACCCCUCCCAGACACAGCUUCUCCUCAUGUGGCCCCUGGCCAAACUCGCUCUCAAAGACCACCAUUCAGUUCUGCACCGCCGCUGCGCAGCUCUGUGUUUGUGCGGGAGGUCCGUGGGCUGCAGCCAUGCUGUCCCUGGACGAGCCAUUGGACCUAAUGCUCCCCCGGGGGUGUGUCAACGGGCGGGACAGGGGUGCACGGCCACCCCCCACCCUCACGCUCUCUCCUAUACCCUUCAAGCGCUCCCGGCAGCUCCGCAUGGCUGAUGAUGGCACAGCCGUCAUAGUGCCCGCCUCCCCGGCCUCGCCACACACAGGUGUGCUGGUGGUCUCCCGGGAGAGGCCAGAGACACCCCCCACCCCGCCAGCCGUGGACCUCAGUACGUCCCCCUCCUCCCGCCACGCCUCCAGCUCCCCAGAGAUGACCAACGGAAAUGGGGUCUCCCACCACAUCAUUGCAGGGGACUCAGCUCACAUCCAUUAUGUGGAGAGCAGAGCCUCCUCGCAGGCCUUCCAGUUCUUCGUGCCGAUUGGUGCUGGGGCCGGACUCAUGCCGUCAUCCAUGUUCAUUGGCCAGCCCAACGACAAGCGGGCCUCUCCCGAUCUCUCAGCAGACGAACAGCUGGCCUGUCGCUGGAGGAAGUGCCAUCUUCUCUUUGAGUCCCUGCAAGACCUUGUGGACCACGUCAACGACUUCCACGUCAAACCUGAAAAGGAUUCUGGGUAUUGCUGCCACUGGGACGGCUGCGCUCGCAGAGGGCGGGGCUUCAACGCUAGGUACAAGAUGCUUAUCCAUAUCCGUACACACACCAAUGAGAAGCCUCACCGCUGCCCCACCUGCAACAAGAGCUUCUCUCGCCUGGAGAACCUCAAGAUACACAACCGCUCACACACAGGUGAGAAGCCCUACAUCUGUCCAUACGAGGGCUGCAGCAAGCGCUACUCCAACUCUAGCGACCGCUUCAAGCACACGCGCACCCACUACGUGGACAAGCCCUACUACUGCAAGAUGGCCGGCUGCCUGAAGCGAUACACAGACCCUAGCUCCCUCCGUAAGCACAUCAAGGCCCAUGGCCACUCUGUAGCCCAGGAGCAAGGCUGUCCGAGUGGGCUGAGCUCCCUGCUCAAGGUGGGUCCCCUGGGGGUGGGGAUGGGUGGAAGAGGGGGUAAGCUGGGGGAGUCGGAGCUGAGCUACAUCAGUGGGGCCCAUAUCAUCAUCCCCAGCGCCGCUGCCGCUCUCCUGGGGGGCCACGCUCUGCAGGGCCUGACGGGCUCCAUGCCUCUAUCCCCCCUCGCCCCCCGGCCCCUGGACCUGAGCACGCUGGGGGGGUGCCCCAGCUCCCCUUGCACCACCUCCAUCCUGUCCUUCAAUGGUUCUCCUCUGAGCCUGGCCACCAAGUCGUCCCUGGGGCUCUCCCCGGCCUUCCCCUCCUCAGCCCUGGGGCUGGGGCCCACUAUGGCGCCCGUGUCCCUAGGAGGAUCCAUAGGGUCGUCCGCGUCAGAGCGCAGGGCCCACCACCACGGGUGUCACCACAAGGGGAAAAUUGGGGGUGGGGGGGAGGAGGGGAAGAACAAGCUUCAUCGUGGGGGGGUGCUGAACCUCUCCACUGGGGCCUCCCACGACCCCCUGUCCUGGGUGGUCAUCCCCUCCGGCACGGUUGUACUUAAGCCAGCUGUGGUCAACUAACACACACACACACACACACACACACACACACACACACACACACACACACACACACACACACACACACACACACACACACACACACACACACACACACACACACACACACACACACACACACACACACACACACACACACACACACACACACACAUUCCAGAAGAACUGAAGGGGGGCUGAGAAAAUGUAGAAAAAGGUAGAAAAAAAUUGACGUGAAAAGAAAAUCUCCUUUCUGGCAACUUAAACUUAACAACAAAGUCCACACCUCAGUUUGUCAAAUGGUCUCGGACAAACUGAGGUACUUGGCACUGCUAUCUUUGCAUUUAUCUAGCACAUCUUGGGACCAUCAACAACUCAUAAAUACAUUUCAAUCAUGUGUCAUUUUGUAUUAUUUCAUAAGGCUUGAAACAAAUGCAACAGUGGCCCUCCUCACCUCUUCCCCACAUUCUCUGUCUCUGGCGUUUCUCACUUACUUACGUUUCCUUUCUUUCUGGACGGGCUCCAUGGAAAGGACAGGCUUCUAAUGCUCUGAGUCCUUUCUCAAGCUCCACCUCAUGUGUAUGUAUUGAUGACAGGCUUCUCAUGCUCUGUGUCCUUUCUCAAGCUCCACCUCAUGUGUAUGUAUGUAUUGAUGACAGGCUUCUCAUGCUCUGUGUCCUUUCUCAAGCUCCACCUCAUGUGUAUGUAUGUAUUGAUG